GGCGUUCUCUUCUCGCGAGACUUGUGGGCGACCAUCUUGUUCCUGCCCCUGACAGUCUCUCCUGUCCGGGUCACUGGGACGCGGAGACGACCACCUAUACUCUCGCUGACGAUGCUGUCUCGCUUAGUAUUUUCUGCCGCCGCUGCAGCCGCCCCCUCCCUGAAGAAUGCAGCCCUUGUCGCUCCAGGGGCAUUGCAGGCAACAAGGAUCUUGCACACAGGACAGCCAAGCCUUGCCCCUCUACCACCUCUUCCUGAAUAUGGAGGGAAAGUUCGUAUGGGACUAAUCCCUGAGGAAUUCUUCCAGUUCCUUUAUCCUAAAACUGGCGUAACAGGACCCUAUGUGCUUGGAACUGGAUUGAUCUUAUAUUUCCUGUCCAAAGAAAUAUAUGUGAUUACUGCAGAAACUUUCUCUGCCAUAUCCAUAAUAGGAGUGAUUGUCUACGGAAUUAAAAAAUAUGGUGCCUCUGUUGCAGAAUUUGCUGAUAAGCUCAAUGAGCAACAAAUUGCCGAGCUGGAAGAAGUGAAACAGGCUUCUAUCAAGAAUAUCCAGGAUGCAAUUGAAGGGGAGAAAUCACAGCAGGCACUUGUUCAAAAGCGCCAUUACCUUUUUGAUGUCCAGAGGAAUAACAUUGCUAUGGCCUUGGAAGUUACUUAUCGGGAACGACUACUUAAAGUGUACAGGGAGGUGAAGAAUCGCCUCGACUACCAUAUCUCUGUGCAGAAUAUGAUGCGUCGAAAGGAACAAGAGCACAUGAUAAACUGGGUGGAGAAGCAUGUGGUACAGAGCAUCUCUGCACAGCAGGAAAAAGAGACAAUUGCCAAGUGCAUUGCAGAUCUAAAACUACUUGCAAAAAAGGCUCAAGCACAGCCAGUUAUGUAAAUGCCUCUGUCCUGUUGAUGGCUAGAAACAUUUUAACUGACAGAUGGAAAUUUCUCUGUGAGACGAAUCUUUCUGUAUUACUGUCUACUGAAGUUAAUCUUUCCUAAAAAUGAAGUUCCAUUUUGUGAGAGAAUAAAAACAGUGUAUUGACAGUGAGACAUUUCUCAUCCUUUAUUUGUAUUUUGAGUUGUUCUAUGCUUACUUUUGAAUAAGCCUCUUGCUUUUAAUAUAAUUUGGUUACUGACUAGAUAUCAAUUUACAGUUUAAAUUUAUAAUUAAUUUUACCAUUUCCCAAUAAAGUAACCAAUAAAACAAAGUUUAUCAGAUUGCCUAAUUCUCUGAAAUACUAUUUCAGCAUCACCAUUUGAGUAAAACUUAAAUAUGUCAUUGAAUUGAACUUACUUGUAAGACUAUUCAGUAGUGAACUAUUUCUGCAUUAACUGUUAGAUAAUAGGAACUUUAAAACUUAAUCUUAAAAGUGUGGCUACUCAACUGGUAGAAUGUUGUUGGACUUGCAUACCUAAGGUUCCCAGUUCAGUCUGUGAUGCAGAAUAUACCAGAGAAGUACUCUGACUUGCCUUAUCUCAUAUGAUAAAAUAAUAAACUUAAAAAAAUAAAGAUAAUAGAUAUGAAAUCAUA